AGAGGGAGAAGAGAAGACUCCACACUGAGAGGAUGGGGAUGAGCGUGUUGAACGUGCCGGCGGCGUCUUGCCUCCAUCCCACACAGAUCGCACGGAGCUUUACGUGCCCCCUGCGCCUCCUCCUCCCGCUCCUGCUCCUGACCGGCAGCGGCGCCGGCAGCAGCAUCGGCGCCGUCCCCUCUCCUUUCCAGCUGGCCCCGGACACCCCGGCGCCCGCCGAGCCCACCCCAACCCAGGCUGCGCCUCGUCCGGACCCCUGCGAGGGCCGCCCCUGCCUCAACGGGGGGCUCUGCCUGGCUCUCACCUCGGCCGGCGGGCCAGAGGACACCUGGGAGUACUCCUGUACGUGCAGCCAGGGCUUCACCGGACGCAACUGUGAGUUUUUCACAGACCCCUGUGCCAGCAGCCCCUGUCUCCAUGGAAACUGCAGCCGGAGCGACGGCGGGGAAUGGGAGCCGGCGUACAUCUGCACGUGCUUCGACGGCUACGAGGGCGAGCGAUGCGAUCGGCUCCCGUUAGAGUUCGAGGCGACCGACUGGGAGCCCGCCACCCCCUCCGCCCCUGAGCUGGCCACCCCCGUCGCCUCCACCACACCGGCAGCCACUCAGCCGCCACAGCCGACCACUGUCUCCUCCUCCACCACUACCACCACCACCACCACCACCACCUCCACCACGCCAGCACCUCCCACCCUGCAGCCAUGGCAACCCAAACCUGGGCAGAGGCUGCUGCUGGUGCUAUGGAAGGCCAGCCAAGUGACUGAGGGUCUGCACUGUGUGAGUCCUGAGCUUUGUGAGCUUACAUCAGGAACGCUGACGAUGUCUCUGGAGGUGCCUGAAGGAACGGCUGUGAAGGUCGUGGUGAAUGCCAGUGGCGCUCCGGUGCUGUGGCGGGUGAAUGAAGACGGCUUCCUGCGAUCGUCCAUUCUGAACGGCACCGCCAUGUGGUUUUUGCAGGCUGCUGAUGGACUGGUGGUCCCGGACCACUCUCUGCCCCUGGGACAGAACUACUUCCUCAGUAUGAUCCGUGUGGGGGCUCCCACAGCCCCCGAGGUCACCCUGCGUCUCAACCUGACGGUGAAGGCCAGCAGCUGCGUGGAGCCGGGCAGCAGCUUCAGCGACCCUCAGUGCUCCGGCAAGGGCAUAUGCAUCACGCAGCCCUCUGAGAGCACUUUCUUCUGCGAGUGUGAAGACGGAUACACGGGGAUAUUUUGCGAGGAGUUUGACGCCUGCCACCGCCGGCCGUGUCGCAACAACGGCACGUGCACCGACGUCAGACAGGGAGGGGAAGGACGCAACUUCACCUGCGCCUGCCAGCCAGGUUAUGAAGGGGAGCGCUGCCAGCUGCUGGUUGACCACUGCCUCUCUCGGCCCUGCAAGAAUGGAGCCACUUGUUUCAGCAGCCUGGCGGGGCCGAGGUGCUAUUGUCCUGAAGGCUACCAAGGAGCUACGUGCGAGCAGAAGGUGGACCCGUGCGCCUCCAGUCCCUGCCACAACAACGGGACGUGCUACGCCCAGGGCCCCGGGCCCCUGGGGUUCGGUUGCACCUGCACGGCAGGGUUCACGGGCCCCACAUGUGCACAGCUGGUGGACUUCUGCGCCCUGAACCCUUGUGCCCACGGGGUGUGCCGCAGCGUGGGCAACAGCUACAGGUGUCUGUGUGUCCCAGGAUAUCAUGGCUUGUACUGUGAGGAGGAGUACAAUGAGUGUCUGUCGGCCCCCUGCCAGAACUACGCCACCUGUCGAGACCUCAUCAAUGCUUACGAGUGUGUCUGCACGCCACAGUUUGAAGGCCGACACUGUGAGAUUUACAAGGAUCCAUGUCUGAAGAUGCACUGUCAGAAUGGAGGGCGCUGCGAGAGCACAGGGCUUAAUGCUUCCUGCGCCUGCUCACCGGGAUACCUGGGGGAGAAAUGCGAGAUCGACAUCAACGAGUGCGAGAGCAAUCCCUGCCACCACGGAGGCACCUGCAUUGACCAAUCGAACGGCUUCACUUGUCACUGUCCACCUGGGUGGGUGGGGCCCUGCUGCGAGAUCCAUCUGCAGUGGAAGCCAGCACACACCGAGGACACCCUGACCAACAUGCCCCGCCACUCCCUCUACAUCAUCAUCGGGGCGCUGUGCGUGGCCUUCGUCCUCAUGCUCAUCAUCCUCAUCGUGGGCAUCUGCCGCAUCAGCCGCAUCGAGUACCAGGGCUCGUCGCGCCACGCCUACCAGGAGUUCUACAACUGCCGCAGCAUUGACAGCGAGUUCAGCAACGCCAUCGCCUCCAUCCGCCAUGCCAGAUUUGGGAAGAAGUCCCGGCCGGCCAUGUACGACGCCACCCCCAUCGCCUACGAAGACUACAGUCCUGAUGACAAACCUUUGGUUACCCUCAUCAAGACAAAGGAUUUGUAAAACACAACCUUCUCAAACAACCACAGUGCAUACGCACACUAACACACUCCUAUACAUAUAAGUCAGUACAUCUAUGAAAGUAUUUCCUAGAAUAUUAACUGCAAAAUAAAAGUGAAUGUAAAAAGGAGAAGAGAAAUAAAAUUAAAAAAAAUUCUGUAGUUUCAAAAGAACAAACUUGGAAUUUGAUACAUCUAUUUUCCUGUCAAAGUCCACAGUAAGGCUUUAUUGUAGCAUAAGAGCAUACUUUGCAUUACUUAAGUUAUCGAUGAUGGUCAACACUACCAGUAACCUCUGCUGUACAAUAGAGUGACGACUUUAGUCUGCACCAGACUGUCUGUCUGUAGGCGGGGCCAGAUACCCAGGAGCCCCCGUUUCUAAGUGUCCACUCAGCAGACAGUGCUGACGAUAGUCCUUACAGGUGUUGUAGGAAUAGGCGCACUUCUCAUAGUGCGUGCACCGUAUCUUUUUCUAUAUCUU